ACAUAGUGGGAGGAAGGAGCACAAAUUAAGGAUGGCCGGUGAUGAUGCUGACGGAAGAAACAAAUCAGAGGACACCAAACGAGGACUGCUUCUGCAGGUUGUGACCGCUCUGGCUCUCUCCGUGGUCGGCUUCAAUAUCGGCGCGUGCAUGUCUUUUUCUGGCAUAUUCGCCGAUCAGAUGACAUCUGCUGGGGCGCGACCCGCACUGAGCCGGUCGCAGAUCUCCUGGGUAGCCUCUGCGUACGCCAUCGGCAACAUCCCGGGCUUCCUGCUGUCUAGCUACGCCAACCCGCGGCUGGGCACAAUCCGCCUCGUGCAGCUGUGCGCCCCGGUCUUGGCCGGCGGCUGGCUGCUGCUGGCGCUCGGCAACAGCUUCUGGACAAUGCUGGCCGGACGCGCGCUGACCGGUAUCGGCGUGGGGACCGCCUUCGGACCCACCAUCACACAUAUCGGUGAAAUAUCGUCUGUCAACGUUCGCGGAGCACUCUCAGUGUUCCUGAACGUGAUGAUUAGUGCCGGUAUGCUCGCCAUUUUCUUAUGCGGAUGGCAGCUUGACUGGCGACAUACGUGUCUAGUAGUGGGCAUCGGACCUGUCGUUGUGAUGUUUCUGGUCACACUCAUGCUUCCCCGCUCUGCCAAAUGGCUCAUCUCAAAAGGGCAUCCGGUGGAGGAGGCACAACGCUCGCUCCGUUUCUACCAUGGUCAUGAUUACGAUGUGGAUAGGGAAAUCCGUUCUAUUAGAGAUUCGCUCGGAGAUCAGCACAAGUGUGACGCGUCGCUACUCGACGUUUUGAAAUUACUGAAACACAGGCGGUACUCACAGCCAUUCUGCAUUGUUCUUGUAUCGUUUAUAUUUUUCAUGAGCUCUGGUGGAUUCACAACUGCCGCCUUUGCUCCAGUGGUGUUCAAACAGGUCGGGGCGAUCGAUAACCCGUACAUGGGCUCAAUCUUUGUGGGCGUCCUAAGAGUGACCGCCUCUGUCCUGAGCAGUCCCGUGAUGUCCAAAUGUGAGCGGAGUACCCUGAUGAUGACGAACGGCGCUGUCGGCGGCGCGGCCUGUGUCGUGGCCGGCUGUUUCCUGUUCUACAGCGCCGCGCUGGCCGACUACGCCUGGGUGUCUCUGGUGUCGAUUCUGGUGAUCGUGGGCGCCAUGUCGUUCGGCAUCGGCGUGCUCACCAACGUGCUGCUGGCCGAGCUGCUGCCCAACGCCGUGCGAGCCGAGCUCGGCGGCAUAGUGCUGCUGCUGGCGGCCGUGGUCAACUUUGGCAUGCUGUACGCCUUCCCAGCGCUGAUAGCUCUGCUCGGUAUGUGUAGCACGCUACAUCUUGAACAUUUAACGUAGUAUCUUUUCGGCACGGCUCGGUCCGGCAGUCCCUCUCCCUCGCAGUCCGGCCACACGCCUAGCUCGCUUUCCCACACCCAAUUCCCCCCCCCCCCCAGUUCCCCUAAUCUAUCACUGUCCGCACAGAAUGGGCAGCCGUUAAACUCCCAUUAAGACGCGCGCUUUUGGAGACAGCUACCGCAGGAUGAACGAUUCGAACCCCAACAAGUAACAGCUGGAUCAGUAACAUUGUCAACAGCUCAUGGACCCACGCCGAGGACAGAUAACGGCUGGGAGCGCUGGAUCAGUAAGAUAUGUCAACAGAUCAUGGAGCAGUGUCAAGGAUGGAUGCCGGCUGGAGCACACAGCCUCCUUUGUCGGGUACAUCAGCCCAGGGUGAGUGACCCUGGCAAAACAACCGGGUGACCGACCUCACAAUGGCCUCAUGAGGUAGUUCCAGAGAUCUCCGCAGAGGAAGAAGGCGCUGACUUACGGCCACACCCGGGCCAGUGGGCGGAGCAAGAGUGACGUCACAAGGGGCGUUGCCGGCAGACGAAACGGAAGGAAACAAAAGUUUGAAUAAAAUGAAAUUGAAGAAUCAAAAUUAAAACUCGAAAAUCACAAACCUUUCGGGGAUUGUUUUAUGCCAGCGAUUACUAAAAUGAUAAAGCACUCAACACGAAGACGAUUCGACGGCCAAAAAUUGCAGGCACAGAGGAGCAAGGUGACUAAACAGGACAGAGGGCGCCAUCUUACGGCCCCACCCACCAGAAGAAGGCAGAGGAAGAUGACGUCGCAAGGGCGUGGCAGUCACCCCUCCCCCCCCCAACUAUAAAAGGGUGCGCCACCCAACCAGAGGAGAAUCACAGUCGAGCAGCCGAGAGUCACAGUCCACAGCUGGAGCCGGAGACGCCAUCUGGGAGCCGCCGUCAGUCCGGGUCACCCGCGAGAAGCCUCUUCAGUUCGAGUGACCAGAGCCGGAGGACAACCGCCGACGCUUGAGACCACACUGAGAAGCGGAAGCGCAGAGAACUCCAGAAUGUGAGUGUUGUUGAAAAGUCUGCUCAAUCCCAAUCCUUGCCCCCCCCCCUCCGCCCAGCGUGCCGUGCCCGUGACGACUGCCAAACAUUUUCGGUUACCAUAAAAUGCACUCUCAAUUGGAAUUGGAAAACUUAAAUUACUUUGAACUUAUUGGUCCAGACACCCUAGUAGCAUGUUAGGAUCUGAAUUUCGAGGUCAUGUCAGAGUCGCCAGCAAACCGUUAUUGUCAGUGGGAGUUCACGAUUAGGCCAAGAGCGAGAUCCGAAAAUUUACAUAAGUAGCUCAGUGUCACGAACGCUGAAAUUGAUGACAGGAUGCGUGACAACGUUGAAAUGUCUUUGUCUUCGGUCAAGAUGGUUCGUUCGAUUUAUUAUGGGCGAUGGCCAGGUGCGUUUUGAGGUUGGAACGUUUGUGAAAUAAAGGGUUUAGAUUCGUGCUGUACUCACUAAAAGUUGCAUUGCGAAAUCAUUGGUAAUAUUGCUGUAAUCUAAAAUGGAAGCUAAAAUGGAAGUCGAAAUCAAUUAUAGAACAGGUAAAUACGUUUGAAAGGAAUGUAAUGUUUUAAGGUGGCGACUGAUUCAUGCGAUCGAUCUAUGAAUAUGGCUAUGAAUUAUGAUUUGCGACAGAUACGAAUGCUUGAGCGUACGGCGGAAUUUUUCCUGUUACUUAGGUGCAUAGUUGCGAGCAGUGGUUUGAGGUUGACGGUUUGACACUUUGCGACUUUAGAUGGUCACUUUGCGUCAUUGAAAUUGCGAAAUGUCGAGUAACAGGUAGAUGUAGAAAUGUUUGUGGUUAGAACUAAUAUGCGACUAAUAUAGGUACCGAUCGUUGUGCUUUGUAGAAUAAAUACUAGAAAGGACCAGCUUUGUUGGGAAACGAUCAAAUGGGACAGGAG